CGUAAGACGAGACACAACCUGAGCAGCCCCGGGAGAGGGGUGCCAGACGGCUGCUGUCACCAGGCGCCUGCCGAGAAGGACAAGGGGACGUCCAGCCUGAGGUCAGACGGCAGCCAGGUCCCAGCGGCGCUGGCUGACCCCCCCGGUCAAUGCCCAGGCCCCCAGCUGCCACGUCCCGCUGACUCCGUGCCCAGAAUGGCCUGCGCCAAGCCCCAGCGCGUCUCCACAGGAGCCACCGCCACGGAGGCCACAGGCCCUGCUAGGGCUUAUCUUGGCUCCACGGAUGGCGACCUCGAGUGUCUGGUGUGCCGGGAGCCCUACAGCUGUGCCCGGCCACCCAAGCUGCUGGCCUGCCAGCACCCCUUCUGUGCUGUCUGCCUGAAGCUCCUGUUGUGUAUCCAGAACGAUGCCUGGUCCGUCACCUGCCCACUGUGCCGCCAGGCCACCACCGUCCCUGGGGGCCUCAUCUGCAGCCUGCGUGACCAGGAGGCCGUGGCAGGGCGGCUGGUCUGGCCGGAGGUGCGGCUCUGUCCUCAGGGACUGGCGGAUUCCGCCACCUCGACGGCCAGGCACCCCGGCCGGGUGGCAGAGGAAGGGCAGGACGCGGCAAGUGUUAACCGCGUGGCGGCCCGGCGCCUGGCGGCACACCUGCUCCUACUGGCCUUGCUCGUCGCCCUCAUCCUGCCCUUCUUCUACCCGGGCAUCCUCCGGUGGGUGCUCACCGUCAUUAUCACCUUGGCCCUGCUGAUGCCCUCCCUCUUCUGCUGUCACCGGAGCAGCCGGGGCAGCUGCUGGCCUCCCCACGGGGCGCUUUUCUGCAGAGAACAGAAACACAGCGAGAUCGCUUCCAUCGCCUGAGUGCACUCCGGGCAGGCGGCGCCUGCGGACUCUUGGGCCCCAUCAGGCUCACGGCGAACGGGGUCAGGGACUACGAACUAAGGCUGGUUCCCUCGGGGGAUUAAAUGCCAGCUGGACUUGCAAGCCAAAGCCGGAGGGCUGUGUUGGGUCAGGAACUACGUGCCUGGAUGAUAGACUUCUGUCUGUUUGGGGUGGGGGAGGAGGCCCAUACCACUUGGCCACAAGGGGCCUCCUGUUCCUCGGACGCUAAUGCUCCCGGUUUUCCUUCAGAUGCCUUGAUGAGGUUAUUGCAAAAACAAAUAGAACCAAGACCCCCUUUUUUUGCA